AUGCCUUUGCAUUUCCUGGCUUAUGCCACGUACUUCCCAGCAGGAGGCUUCUCUAAGGGCCGGGAUGAGAGGCCCGAGGCUUCCGCUGAGGCCUAUUGUAUGAGGCUGAAGCCAGACUCGGCACCGCCUCCUGCGCUUGGGCCACAUCAAGCCCAGGCAACGCUGCAGGCUUGGAAGGUGUUGGUCAACAUCUGCCUGAAUAUCUGCAAACUUGCCGAGAGUGCGUUCGAUUCCAGCGUCUCUGUCACUGAGGAAGAAGGGAGAUACUAUUGGUCCCGAAAAUUGCUGCUUCUAGAGAGGGUGCCUCUGGGCCUGAGGCAGUGUGGGACUACUAUAAAAGGCAGCCCAACUCUCUGCUCUCCCAUCCACUUCUCUCGCCUCCUUCUCCUUGGCAGCCAGGUGCACCUCUUGCCCACAGACAUGUCCUGCUGUAGCCCGUGCCAGCCCUGCGGCCCCACCCCGCUGGCCAACAGCUGCACUGAGCCCUGUUGCAGGCAGUGCCAGAGCUCCACCAUCGUCAUCCAGCCCUCCCCGCCAGUGGUGACCCUGCCCGGCCCCAUCCUCAGCUCCUUCCCGCAGAACACCGUUGUGGGCUCCUCCACCUCCGCUGCCGCCGGCAGCAUCCUCAGCAGCCAGGGAGUGCCCAUCUCCUCCGGGGGCUUUGACCUCUCCUGCCUUACCAGCGGCUACUGUGGCAGCAGGUGCCGCCCCUGCUAA